GAAGGAGAUUCGACAAUUCGGACAUGUAUACCGUGCCCAUCCUCAGCGACCCCAACACCAGCGCUUUCAUUGACGGAUCCCUCGUGACCCCAGUGUAUCUUGAGAAAACUCAUCCAUCAAAGCCCAUCUCCCCGCACGGCUCCGAUAUGGUUAUUAGCGUGACUGACUCUGCAUAUCUCGACGACCCACGCCCUGUCGUGAGUUUUUCCGACGCCCCCGGAGAGAUUACAACUUCCUUGGGGAAAAAUUUUCACUCGGGGGUUCAAAAUGUGCGGGAUCGAGAUCGAGGUGUUACACGAGAAGAGCAGUAGGCAUGUGUUGUGGGAGAUGUGUUCUCUUAUGCGGACAUUAUCGUGGCAAGUCGGCUGUUUAGUGUACCGACACAUCUUGAAAGAUGACGCGUGUGCCAGGAUCGGUUCUUGGGAUGGAUGGAGAUGGGUAAAGGUGCUAAAUAAUAUUCAACAUUACCUUGC